UCCGACUUAUUUGAUUUAGCAUUUCGUGCCGAUAUUAACACUAUUUUUAAAAUAUUGUUAAAGCGUCAGCUAAUAAUUAAAAUGAGAAGUGAACUACUGUUCGAAUUAAAUGCGCUGGCCUCUAGUGCACAUUCUGCUAUGUAGUUAUAAAUUCGUGUUUAACGUGUUAUGUCGUUGACACAAUAUAUGAGUUUUGUACGCUCGCGGUGUUCCAUACACGAAAUAUGCUCGGUGCGUUUCAUUUGAGUAACAAGAACGUAAUAUUAAAACAAAUAAUUUCGAUACAGAAAGCUGUUGUAUACAAAUGAAAAGGGAAAAAGCAAAGUGCAAACCGGUAAAAACUGCAUGAUAGUGCAGCCCGCACUGAAAUAAAAUCUUAUUCGUGAUUCGGCAGAUGUUCAUCUCCUCAUUAGAGCAACUAGUAGUGCGAUUUCACCACACUUUCUUACGUUUCCCCUGCCCUGACUAUAUUUUUUUCCUCCACGUACAUAUUAUUUUACGAGUAACCCAGUAAAGAGAUGGCAAAAAAAGGUGAUAUUGUGGCAGAAUUUCUUGGUCAGAAUUCCCAUUUGGAGCAAUGGUUAGAGUCACUUGCAGGAGAAUGUGAGACAGAAAAGCAGUGGAGAGCCAGAAAAGAAUUUAUUUUACGAAACAUGGAGAGCUUUCCAAAUAUCCAGCCUGGGAACUCAAGCCAUAGUCUGGAUCAAUUGCUGUCACUUUCCAUGGUUUGGUCCAACCAUGUUUUUCUUGGUUGUAGAUAUCCCCAGCAAGUGAUGGAUAAGAUAACAGGGAUGGCAGAAGGAAUUAUUGUGAAUGACAUUCCACUCCGUAAGACUCGAGAUGAAAUUAUAGGCAAGGGAAUAAGAAAGAACAGCUCAGAUCUGAAAAUCACAUCCUCUCAAGUAAAGUUAAACAGCAGAGGCCAAGACUCAAGCAGAAAUGGGAGUGGAACUUCAAAAUCUCAAGGAAGUCAGCCAGAUACCCAGCAUGCACAUAAAGAUAAAUCUCUGAAAAAUGUGCGAAGCAGUAGCAAUGAAGAUUCACAUGUUGCUAUGAAAUGUGGGCCUUCCCCUCAGGCUCCCAAAGAAUAUCAGGCAUUUUUCAAUCGGCUUUACAAGGCUGUAGCAUGGAAGUUGGUGUCAGCUGGGGGAUUUGGACCAAAUCUGGACUAUUUUGCAAUUUUGCAAGCUUGUGUGGAGUCAUCAAAAUCCAGCUUAACCUGUAUAUUUGUGCCUCUUAAAGAAAUUCCAGACCUGCCUUCUAGUCACUCUCAGCAGGAGGGCCUUGUUUGUGAGCUAAGGUGUCGGACAGUAUAUUUGGGUACAGGCUAUGGUCGUGGUGAGGACAGUGCCAAAGCUAUGGCAGCACGAGAGGCUCUAAAAGUGUUCCAAGGUCGCAAAGUGACAGUGAAAAUAUGCAAGCGUAAAUACCAUGGCCAGGAUGUGGAAGACUUGAUUUUGCAGGAUGACCAGCUAAGAAACUCUGGACUCCCUCCUGCUCUUAGUUAUCCUUUUGAAUCAGAACACCAAGAUUUAGGAAACCUCAACCUCUAGUUCUCUGUUGGCAGUACUGACAUCUGUGCAGCACUGAAAGUAACCUGUCAGUUGUGGUUCAGAACAAAAGUAACCAGGGUACCCCAUAUAUUCAUGCUUUAUUUUCACUGACUUUUUAUUUAACUAUAUCUUUAUUUUUGCAGCCUUUAAAAUAAAGUGGUAUUACCAUGCUAAGUAAAAGUCACAGAAAGCAAAUUCUCAUAAACCCGUUAUUUUUUUCCUUCUUAACUACAGUAUCUUUGCCAAGUCAUUUUAAAUUUGUAUUGAAAAAAUAUCAUUAAGGUGAUGUGUUUUGUCAUCUAAAGAACUUGGAAAGCUGUUCCUUAAUGACUUAUCUACACAGAAAACAGUAUGUACAAGUGUUGGAAACAAAAAUGCUUUAACUCUGUUGGGUCAAGGAUACUGUACAAAAUCAUCUGUCUCUAUUUCUUUAUUUAUGACACUACUUUCAGCCUUGAUUUUACUUGUGAAGAUAAAUGAGCAUGUAAAACUGAUAGAAAUAAAAAAUAUAUUUUUAAGGUUAUAACUCUAAAAUAUUGACAGAAAAUGCCUUUAUUGGAAAGAAGUGUUUAUUAUGGAAAUGGUGUUAUAGAACCAUAGAUAAUUUAUAAAGAACUGUCUCAUUAUAAUAGAAUUGGAGCUCUCAAAACUCAUCACAACUUUGGAAAUUCCAUAAUUACAGCUUAAGUAGGUCAAAGUGUCAAGUAAUAAAAACUUGGCUGUCUGAUAUGUUUGAAUUUGUAAAUUGGCUCCAGUUUGUUAUAUAUAUGGGCUGAAAAAAAUAGACAGAAUAUGUUUGAUGCAGAUGUAAGAAAAUCAUAGUUAGGAUUAGAAAGGUAAAUAAAGUAGCAGACAGACCUGAUAAACAGUAUGCCUGAAAUUAAAUUCAGGGUUAAAUUAUAAAAGAAGCCCAUUGAACCAGCUGUUGUAAUAUGAAGGAUGCACUUUAGACUUUAGAAGUAGAUUCUAAGUGAACAUAGAGAGAGAGAGAGAUAAAAAUAAGACCCUAAACUGUUAUAGUCUGUUUAAAUAAAAUUGCCUAAUGGGGAGUAGGGUCUGACUUCCUUUAAAAAGAGCUGCCAUUUGUAGAAAAAAGUAGAGAGGAGGAUGUGUUUAUGUUAGCCUGAUUAAGCACUAAAAACAAGUUGGCAAUUUAAUUUUUUUUGGUUUGUACACACUGUUGUUUUAACAAAAAAUGGUAAAUACGUGCAAAUGUUUUUUCUUAAAUGUUGAAACACUUCAGAAGAAAAUUGUUCCAUUUGAUUAAAAUAAAAUAACAUUUUUAGAAAAUACUAGAUAGGAUAUUAUUUUCAUUGUAGUGUUACCUUUACAAUAGUUUUUCACUGCAAACUUUGUAAAAUGUUGAAUCUCUCUUCCUGUUGUAAACAUUUUGUUCAGUUUAAUACUUAUCUGUUUGAUCAGUGUGUUGGAUUAUAUGCUUUUUGAUCAUUCCAGCAAAAUUUUAAAUUGGUUUUCUUGUAGAUGUGGACUUUUUGUACAUCUUUUGCAUUGUCUUCUCAGGUAAAUCAAACAAAUCUUAUAACACACAAUUUGAGGGGUGCAAGUACGCUUCUGAAGUUGAGCAUUAUAUACUGUAUGAAUCUGUCGUUGAUUCUGAUGAUUUUUUUUUUUACCUCAGCAUUUUCAGGACUGUAUUAUUGUGAUUUAAGUCAGAUAUACAUUCACUGUAAAGGACUCUUCAGAUUUUUCGACAUUCUGAAGGACCAGUUAGAAUUAUUUGUCUGUUAAAGAGAAUAAUGUUAUAAUAAUUCACAGCAGUUAAUAAAGACUUCAGUUAGAGAGAAUCAACCAUGUCCUGGAUUAGGUAAUCUCUUUACAUACCGUUAAACGAAUCAAGAUGUUUGUUUUUUAUCUCUGUGUUAUAUUUGAGAAGGAGUUAUGUAUAGCAGAUAUGUGUAUUCUGUUUUCCAUAAUGGUAUUUACAAUUUAAGUUAAGCAUUUAAAAGAACAGCAAAGUCUUUGAAAUCAAUCUUAUUACAGUUUAGAAAGAAUGAUAACACCUUUUUCAAUGUCUGCCAGCACAGUUUCUUCAUUUAUUUUCCCAGGAACUAAUGUUUAUUAUUGUUAUGCCUUUCAUAUAAUGUUUUCUGUUCAUUCAUUAAUGAGAAAUAAACCAUUGACCCUCCAGUGUAA